AUGUCUGAGGCCACUUUCCACAAUACUCUGGAGGACAUCCGCAAGCCAGAGUCUCGCACCGGUCUUGCUCAUGGCGGUCGGAAUGCUCCUAACACAAAUAUCUCUGCUAUGAAGUCCAUUAUCGACUCGAACACCAACAAAAACGACAAGAUCGAACAAGUCAAAUCCAAUCUUCCUCUUCCAGAUCAACCACCAGUCGCCAGUGACUGGAACUCCUUCGAUCAGCGAAAUGUAAACGUCGGCUCUGGGCGUUUAGAGAGUGCAGUGUCUGGCGAAAACAACAGUGCUUUCCGGGAUCCUGCGACGGCGGCUAGUAGCGCACGCAUUGAUGGCGAGGAGUUUCAUAAGUAUACCGAGCCUGGACCUGGAGUUGGUCGACAGGGCAAGGAUAAUCUGGAGAAUCUGCCUAGGGAUGCUCGCUAUCGGUGA